AUUUUAGUUUUCAUUUUCGAAGCUCUGUUUGGCUACGCAGAAAGUGCUGGACUGCGCGAGAGAGAAACAGACAGAAAAUUAGGGUUUCUUGACAAUGGCUUUUGCUAAUCGAAUCCGAUCGAGCCUUCCUCUCGUAACCAAGAUUCUCAAAUCGGAUUCGCUCUCCGCCGCCCACUGGUCCAGUGCCCAGCGGUCUGUACUUUGCCCUACUUUCGCCAAUUCUGAGGUACAGAGAUUCUCAAAUCACAGAAAUGCAAACAACAGAUUUUUACGUUUGUCAAAGAAUUUUUCUACGGCACCUGGGAAGAAGGAAGUGAAGGUUAAGGUGCCUCUGGUGUUGUUUGGGGGUUCUGGGAACUAUGCCUCUGCUUUGUACAUUGCUGCAGUAAAAGCUAAUGCCUUGGAGAAGGUUGAGUCUGAGAUUCUUGACAUUGUUGAGUCUACGAAGAGAAGUCCUACGUUUUCUCAGUUCACAAAGGAUUUGUCAGUGCCAGCAGAUACUAGAGUGAAGGCAAUCAAUGAAAUUUCUGCUCAAGCUAAAUUUUCAGAUGUUACGAAGAACUUUUUGGUUCUCUUGUCUCAGAAUGGGAGGCUAAAGAACCUUGAAACCAUAGCAAAGAGAUUUGUGGAGUUGACCAUGGCACAUAAGGGAGAAGUGAAAGCUAUUGUUACAUCUGUCAUUCCCCUUCCCGCUGUGGAGGAGAAAGAAUUGAAGGAGACACUGCAGGAGUUAAUUGGACAGGGAAAGAAGGUCAUACUUGAGCAGAAGAUUGAUCCUAGUAUUCUGGGUGGGCUUGUGGUAGAGUUUGAUAAGAAGGUGUUUGACAUGUCCAUUAAGACUAGGGCACGCCAGAUGGAGAGGUAUUUGCGGGAACCCGCAAACUUUGACAGCCUCUAAAUGGUGUUCACGGACUGAUACUGCGGUCUUCCCCAUUUUUCAUGUAUCUGUUAUUGUCAAAGUUCUAAGAAGGUAAAAAAAAGUUGUUUAAUUUUGGUGCUUGAACCCUUUCUAAAAAGAUGGAAAGCAACUUGAUCUGGAUGCCAUCUAUUUGCAAAUAAAAGCUUGUUUUCCGCAUUGUUCUGGGCAAGAGACUCGCUAGUUUCAUGUUCUUUAUCUUCCUGUUUUGUCGCGUUUUUGCCUUUGAAGUCGAAGCUUGUUAAGUUCUGUUAUAUUGCUGCAAAAAUAUUUAUAUAUAGAGCUGUUCAUUGGCUGUGUUUUG